CCUUAGUGCCGGUCGCCUACGCUCGGUAGCCUCGGUCUUACGGCCGUGUCGAGUACUACAUGGCGUGCAAGUAAGCUGUCGCUUGUCAGAUUGGUGGAACCGAGUCAUGGACAGAAUGUUAAAAAUGAUCAGGGGCUGUAAGAUGAUGCGAAGGUUCGCUGUUGAUAGUUCAUACUAGCAAGUCUGGGCACUUUUAUUCGGUUUUAUUUUUAUUUUUAUUCUCUAGCUAGAAGAAACUCCUGUCCGCGCGAGACAUAAAUGUCUUCGCUGCCCGCCAAAAUGUCUAACCUGAUAUCCGGACAACUGCAAUCCACUCAAGAUGUGGUCGAAAGCCUUAUUCCUGUCAUCGCUCUCGCUUUGGGCCAGAGUCGCUAAUGCGGCGUUUGGACUUACCACCAACGACAACUCCUAUGUCAUUGACGCAGGAUCACCAAAUUCGCUGGUAUUUACCGUGAGCCGCUCCAGCUGUGACAUUACUUCCAUCAAGUACUACGGCUCCGAGUUACAAUACCCCAGCCAGGGAAGUCAUAUCGGCUCUGGUCUCGGCAGCGCCACUGUGUCUGCGGUGCAGGAUGGUGAUUACAUCAAGGUCACUUGUGAGGCGGGCACUUUGACCCAUUAUUUCGUCGUCCACAAUGGAGACCCUAUUAUCCACAUGGCGACUCAUAUCACUGCGGAACCCUCAAUUGGCGAGCUACGAUUCAUCGCACGUCUCAACUCGGACCUGCUUCCUAACGAGGAACCUUUUGGUGCUGUCUCAACCACCAGUGGCGGCAGUGCUAUCGAAGGAUCGGACGUGUUCAACGUCAACGGUCAGACGCGCAGCAAGUUCUACUCUAGCCAGCGGUUUAUCGACGAUCAGAGACACUGUAUUUCGGGAAGUGCUCACCGCGUCUGCAUGAUCCUCAACCAGUACGAGGGUUCCUCUGGCGGCCCUUUCUUCCGGUGA